GGGGAAAUGAAAUCCCUAAUUUUGUGUGGGAUUUGGGAAAUUUCCGAGGAGCGAGAAAAAUGAAGAAGGAAGAAACGGUGAAGCUAAUAAGCGCGGAGGGGUUCGAGUUCGUCGUCAGCAAGGAAGCGGCCAUGGUCUCUCAGACUAUCCGCAACAUGCUCACCUCUCCAGGGGGGUUUGCGGAGGCGCAGCACGGAGAGGUGACGUUUCCUGAGAUAACGGCGCCGAUUUUGGAGAAGAUUUGUCAGUAUUUCUAUUGGUCCUUGCAAUUCGCCAGUGGAAAGGAGACGGAGUUUCAUAUUGAACCUGAAUUAACUUUGGAGUUGAUGAUGGCUGCUAACUAUCUCCACACAUAGAAAGAGAUUUGCAUGUCCCAAUUGCUUUAGGCCAUUCACUUAUAUCCUUGCUUGUAUAUUUUGCCUCUAUAUGUGUUGUGUACUUAUGAUCAAGCGAUUAGUCAAUUGUUCUUUGUAGAACGAUGUCAUUUAUCAGGGUGACCUAGCAAGGUCUAUUGAUUAUGCCUGUGCGCAGUUUGACGGCUUUGUAACUUGUAUUUGCGCCAUGUUCCUUGUCUGCUUCUAUUAGUUUGAUUUGUUUACUGUGAUGUCAAUGUUAAUGCGUCAUGCAGGCAUUUGAACUUC